GCUACAUCCAGAAGAUAAAGUCGGGAGAGGAGGAUUUUGAAUCUCUCGCUUCCCAGUUUAGCGACUGCAGCUCAGCCAAAGCGGGAGGCGACCUGGGCGCCUUCGGAAGAGGUCAGAUGCAGAAGCCUUUUGAAGAUGCCUCGUUUGCGCUGAGGGCUGGCGAGAUGAGCGGCCCGGUUUUCACAGAAUCAGGGAUCCACAUCAUCCUACGCACGGAGUGA